AUGACUUGGACUCUCAUUUCUCAAGACCCCGAGCAGGCGAACGUCAGGAUAGGCACCGAGGUGCAGGUUCGCGUGGCGUCGACGCAUAAGAUGUGGGAGAUGACGGCCUUCUUGGUGCUUGCGGGUGGCCUGCUAGCGGGAGGCGGGUGGUAUGUUAUGGUCGAGAGCGAAACCGACUUGAUGGCGCUUCUUCCACGACAAGUAAACGCCUUGGUCAUCCAAGCCGUACUCCUCACCAACCUCGGCGCGAUCGCGUGCUUCGGCCUUGCGGCACUCUUCACGCGGGAUCCCACUAUGCUCGGGCUUUACGCCGUGCUGCUGUGGAAUCACUGGGCGCUCUCGCUCAUCUCGGGCAGCUUCGUGCUCUGGGCCAUGAUGCAGGGUGACCCGGAGGUGGGACCCCCGGACAUGUUGAACGAAUGUGCCACCCGCGGACUCAAUGCGUUGGCGCAAGCGACAUGUGAAUGGAACUUCAAGCAGGUCCAGAGCAUCGCCAUCGGAACGACCGUCGCAUUAUGGAUCAUCGAGUUUUACGCCUGUUGCAUCUCCGCUCGCUUUGUCUCCCUCGCGAGCGCGGCAGAAGCCCAGCAGUAUGGCGGACCCGAGGACUCGUUGAACUGGGAGCCCCAGUACAUGCGCUCUCUCCCUCCGACCCCUCGUACCGCCCAGAUCCCCGACGACUCGCAUACCGAGCAAACAUCACUACUCGUGCCACCUACACCUCGUUCGGGACGGCCGCCCAUGACGCCUCGCACGCCGCGCUCGGCCGCUCAUCUGGUCGUCGAUAUGUCGUACGCUAGCGACGACGAGAUGGAAGAGAUCAAGACCCCGCUGCCGCCAGUCAGCCCGCGACCUAUGCGUUUCAGCUGGUGGUAA